AUGAGAGAGACGGCAGUUUGUUUGCAGUCACAGGACCGCUGCGGAUGCAAACAGGUACAGUGCGGUACAGCAACCUAUCUGUCUCGUCGUUUUGGUACCGCAGCUCAUAAUCGCCCGAGGUGGGCUCGCUGCGCAGUCUCCCGGAUGAGUUUAGGUGUUGCAGCGAACCUCGGCUGGGGUCUCGACUUUCAGAAGUUGUCGACGUGGUACAGAAAUGCUGGCAUAGGGUGGAGAUGUCUCCUGCACAUUAAAGGUGGCCUGAUUGGAAGCCCUAGUGUUUAG